AUGAUGAAAAAUGGCAAUAUGGGACCAGUAUGUCUUUUAUGUCCUACAGGCGUUCAUCGUUCUGGUACUUAUGCUAUUCUUGACAUUGUCUUGGAUCGAGUGACUGCUGAGAAAAAGGUUGGGUUGUUGGAAACAGCAAGUAUUGUCCGGAAACAACGUUACGGUUGCAUGUCCUAUUACUCACAUUACAGCCAUGUGGCUGAUUUAGUCGUUCGAUAUGCUAUAGCUACGGGUAUCGUCGACAUUGGGCAAAUAAAGCAGCAGGAAUAA